AUGGAAAACCUGGAGGAGAUGUUAAAUAGUACAAUACAUCCUUCAUGUUUACAAGAGCCUCCUCUGGCCAUUGACGUGAUAAGAGAACUGGAUGUGUUUGGGAUGUGCCUGUACUCCAUGCUGACCUUCAUGUCCUGCCUCUCGCUGAUUCUGUAUUUAGACACGUGCGUAUAUAUUUACAGAAAAGUACCGUACCCCAAAAAGACCACUAUCAUCUGGAUCAAUGGAGCAGCGCCGUGUAUUGCCACCAUGUCUUGCUUCGGGAUGUGGAUCCCCAGAGCCGUGAUGUUCACAGACAUGACAUCCAACUGUUAUUUCGCAGUGGUAGUGUACAAAGUCCUCAUGCUGAUUGUGGAGGAGUUGGGGGGCAGUAGUGGAUUCCUGAAGAGGUUUUCUGGACAACCGUUUAAGAUCAGCACAGGACCAUGCUGCUGCUGCUGUGUGUGCCUGCCCAGAGUGCCCAUGUCCAGACGCAUGUUGUUCCUGUUGAAGCUGGGUGCUCUACAAUAUGCCAUCCUCAAAACGGUCCUCUCCAUCCUUUGCAUUAUUCUGUGGACCAAUGGGAACUUUGAUCUCUCAGAUCUGGAGAUUACCGGCACGGCUAUUUGGAUAAACCCGUUCAUAGGAGUCCUCACCAUCAUCUCCCUGUGGCCUGUGGGAAUCACAUUCAUGAACACGAAAGGACUGUUGGGACAUCUCAGGAUGGUCCCUAAAUACGCCAUGUACCAGCUGGUCCUGGUGCUGAGUCAGCUGCAGACCUCCAUCAUCAACAUCUUGGCCUUGGAUGGGACGAUCGCCUGCUCCCCUCCCUUCUCCUCUCAGGCCCGCGGCUCCAUGCUCAGUCAGCAGAUGAUGAUCGUGGAGAUGUUUAUCAUAACACUGGUCACUCGGUGUUUGUAUCGCCGCAUGUACGACUGCCCCGAAGAGCCGGACAACACUCACAACGGCUGCGUGGCUCUGAAGGCCCCCCCUGAGGAGCAUGAUGUGUAG